AUGGUGAAUCCAAACAGCCUGAUCCAUGGACAUUCUGCCAGUCAGUGCUUGUUAGUCUUCUCCAAGGUCGAAUCCUUCAUGCCGGAACAAGUAGAGUACAUCUUCCUCAUCAUCUUCACCGUGGAGACCUUCCUGAAGAUCCUGGCCUAUGGUCUGGUGAUGGAUCCCAGCUCCUACAUUCGUAACGGCUGGAACCUGCUGGACUUCGUUAUUGUUAUCGUUGGCUUGUUCAGUGUCGUCCUGGAGACGAUGACUCAUAAGACGGACGGCGAGCAGGCCACCACCCAUCACAUGCCGGGAAAACCUGGAGGUCUGGACGUCAAAGCUCUCCGAGCCUUCAGAGUGUUGCGACCCCUCAGACUGGUUUCUGGAGUCCCCAGUCUGCAGAUCGUGCUGAACUCCAUCAUGAAGGCCAUGGUUCCUCUGCUCCACAUCGCCCUGCUGGUCCUCUUCGUCAUCAUCAUCUACGCCAUCAUUGGGCUGGAGUUGUUCAUCGGACGCAUGCACCGGACCUGCUACUACACCAGAACUGAUAAUUACGUGGAGGAUGAACCGGUGCCAUGUGCGUUCGCCGGUCACGGCCGUCAGUGCACGGUGAACGGGUCGGAGUGUCGGGGGAAGUGGGCCGGUCCUAACGGAGGGAUCACCAACUUUGACAACUUCUUCUUUGCCAUGUUGACCGUGUUUCAGUGUAUCACCAUGGAAGGCUGGACUGACGUGCUGUACUGGAUGAAUGAUGCCAUUGGGUUCGAGCUGCCGUGGGUUUACUUUGUCAGUCUGGUGAUUUUUGGCUCCUUCUUUGUCCUUAACCUGGUUCUGGGAGUACUCAGCGGAGAGUUCAGUAAGGAGAGGGAGAAGGCGAAGGCGCGAGGAGACUUCCAGAAGCUGCGGGAGAAGCAGCAGAUGGAGGAGGAUCUCUGCGGGUACAUGGACUGGAUCACUCAGGCCGAGGACAUGGACGACCUGGAUGAAGACGGAAACCCACGGCCGUCUCUGGGGGAUUUGUGUGAUAAGAAGAGGAAGUUCGGAUGGUUCAGUCACUCCAACGAAACUCACGCGAGUCUUCCUGCCAGUGAGACGGGUUCUGAAAACACGGAGAACAUCGAUGAGGAACACACCAAUUGCUGCCAGGCGUGCUGGUAA